AAUAGUGAAAGUAAAAUGAUUAUCCAUCGAAUGUAUUGUAUUUCAUCAAAUAGGGGGUAGAAAGACUCUAUGGGAAAAUGGUGGUUCCGUUCGAUGUUGUCUAACGAGAAGUUAGAACAUAGGUGUGGGCUAAGUAAAUCUAGGUGUGGGCUAAGUAAAUCAAUGGAUAGUCUUGAUGGUAUUGGACAUACCAGUAGAAGUGAACAACCUAUUCUAAACGAUACGAAGAACGAUACGAAGAAAAAGAUUCCUAGUUGGAAUCAUAGUGGUAAUUAUAGUUUCACUAAUGUUGAUUCUUUAUUUGAAAUCAAGGAUAUUUGGAGUUUGAUCUCUGAUGACACUUUUUUAGUUAGGGAUAGUAAUGGUGACAGUUACUCUGUAUAUUUUGAUAUUGAAAAUCAGAUUUUUGAGGUUGACAAUGAUAGUUCUUUUCUGAGUGAACUAGAAAAAAAACUUUCUAGUUAUUUGAGUAGGGGGUCUAAGAAAAAGAAUCACUACUAUUAUCAUUACAUGUAUGAUACUCAAUCUGGUUGGAAUAAUCACAUUAAUAGUUGCAUUGAUAGUUAUCUUCGUUUUGAAGUCAGUAUUAAUAGUUCUAUUUCGGGUAGUACCAACAAUUACAGUGACAGUUACUUUUAUAACUUCAUUUGUACUGAAAAUAGAAAUAGUAGUGAGAGCGGUAGGUCUAGUAAAAGAACUAGAAAAAAUUUCAAUGAUUUCCAUGAAGAGGUGGAAUCCGAUUUCCAUGAAGAAGUAGAAUUCCACGAAGAAGUAGAAUCCGACUUCCAUGAAGAAGUAGAAUCCGAUUUCCAUGAAGAAGUAGAAUUCCACGAAGAAGUA